AUGCAGAAGUGCCGGGCCGUCAAUUCCGCCUUGGGGUCGAGGGCCAUCGCCCCCCCCAGCGCUCGAGUCCAAUUGCAAGCGCAGCGCCGAAAUCUCCAGGAUGUUGCUAUUACUAGGACCGGAAAGCCGAUCUUGAAGGUUCAGGGUGGGCGGUCGUCUUUAGGAGGCCAUACCGCGACUGUCUUCGGUGCCACUGGUUUCCUGGGCCGAUACAUUGUCAACAAGCUCGCUACGCAGGGAUGCACUGUAGUGAUUCCCUACCGCGAGGAGAUGGCCAAGAGACACUUGAAGCCUACGGGUGAUCUCGGACGGGUCAUCUUUAUGGAAUAUGAUUUGCGUAACACUCAGUCGAUCGAAGAGAGCGUCCGUCACUCCGAUGUUGUUUACAACCUUGUCGGCCGUCAAUACCCUACCAAGAAUUUCUCCUACACCGAUGUUCAUGUCGACGGUGUGGAGCGCAUUGCUGAAGCGGUCGCCAAAUACGAUGUCGACCGAUUCGUUCAUGUCUCCUCCUACAAUGCCAGCCGAGAUUCUCCCUCUGAGUACUUUUCGACCAAGGGAUGGGGUGAGGAAAUCGUCCGUUCGAUCUAUCCCGAGACCACCAUCGUCCGGCCUGCCCCGAUGUUCGGAUUUGAGGACAACCUUCUUCACAAGCUUGCUGGCGUGACUAACCUUCUCACCUCUAACCAUAUGCAGGAACGCGCCUGGCCCGUUCACGUUACCGACGUCGGUGCCGCUCUGGAGGCCAUGCUCCAUGAUGAGAGCACUGCAGGUCAGACCUUUGAGCUCUACGGCCCGAAGAACUACUCAACGGCUGAAAUUGCCGAACUUGUCGACCGGGAAAUUAUCAAGCACCGCCGCCACCUCAACAUUCCCAAGGCCCUUAUGAAACCCCUGGCGUACUACCUGAACAAGUUCAUCUGGUGGCCCACCAUGUCGGCCGACCAGGUGGAGCGGGAGUUCAUCGACCAGCAGAUUGACCCGAACGCUAAGACCUUCAAGGAUCUGGGCAUUGAGCCGGACGAUCUGGCCAAUCUCACCUUCUACUACCUGAAAGGCUACCGCAGCUCCUCGUACUACGACCUCCCUCCAGCCACGGAGCGGGAGCAACGGGAGGAAAAGAAGUACCUGCACGUUCUGGAUAGCCAGUAG